CAUGACAACCGUCCAUGAGGAAAAUUAGUAUUUAUAAUCAAAUAUCGCUGUGCCUAAAUUAUGGAGAGUAGUACAAACAGAGUAGAUGGAGAGGAGGAGAAUGGAAGUGGAGAAACUGUACAGUUCCAGCGGAAAGAUGGAGUAGAGAAGGACGGAUAUAUCUGCUUCCCUGUGGAGGCUGAAGAGGAAGUAGUGGUGGAGGAGGAGAAGGAGAUAGAGGACGUUGAGCAUGAGUUCUCUACUUGUCCAGAAGAUCCUAGAUUCCAACAGACCAAUAGGACCAAGUGGUGUUACCGGAUGUACGUGGACUACCAGUCCUGUAGACACCUGUUGGGUGAGAAUGCUAAACAGUGUAACUACUUCUACCGCUGCUACAACUCAAUCUGUCCCAACGCUUGGAUCGAGAAAUGGGACGAGCAGAGAGAACAAGGGACAUUUCCUUGCGACACCACCAAGGACUGCCCCAACCUAAACGCUAAAUGCGAGGAGCAAAAACCUUGUCCUUAGAGUGUCUUUUGGGUGUUUCUGUAUGUUCACAAGUUAAAUAAAUAGGGUCUUCCUGU